CGCUACUCCUAUGGUUGUGACACGAAAUAAAUAGUUAGUCAAGGAGAAACAGUAAAAUCUGUUUAGGUUAUCAAUUCUACAUAAUUCAUAAAGUGUUUGAUAAGGUGUCAAAGAAAUUACAAGUAAGAUAUAGUGAACAAAUUAGUUCAUUCUUCGUUAGGUCGUAGUUGAAAGGUCGAAGCUAGUUAAACAUGUCGGCGCCUACGAGCACAUCAUCUUGAAGGAGAUGUGGAGGUCCACUUGUGGCCUCUCUGUGAGGGCAGCAGAGAGGGCAGUACACAGAAAAUGGUCACGCAGGCUCUAUUCUCACAAUGCGGCAAAACCUCCUCCUCAAUCAACUCCCGUUCUCCGGACCCAGGCUGAGAAAGAGAGGCGGAGGAGAGAUAAGGAGAAGGCCAUACUGAGCGGUCAACACAAUAAUGUUGAAGAUCAAGGAAUGAAAUGGAGUGAGAAAGAGAGGAUAGCGUACAGUGCUUCAACGGCUCUUGGGGAAAAGAAAGACACCACCCUGCCCUUCCCUUCAUCCUACAGUCCUGAGUAUGUGGAGACCAGCUGGUACGAGUGGUGGGAGAAAGAAGGUUUCUUCACCCCAGAGAUCCACGACAGACUGCCACAUGCUGUGAAUCGUUCCUUCUCCAUGUGUAUCCCUCCGCCGAAUGUGACUGGCACCCUGCACCUCGGCCAUGCACUCACAGUUGCCAUAGAGGAUGCAUUGGCUCGCUGGAGGAGGAUGCAGGGCUACAAAGUUCUUUGGGUACCAGGCUGUGACCAUGCAGGCAUCGCUACACAGACGGUGGUAGAGAGGAGGUUGUUUAGGGAACGAGGGAAGCGAAGACAGGACCUCAGCAGGGAGGAGUUUCUAAAGGAGGUGUGGACGUGGAAGAAAGAGAAGGGAGAGGAGAUCUAUCACCAGCUGAGGGAACUUGGUGCGUCUCUGGACUGGAGCAGAGCCUGCUUCACCAUGGAUCCAGCACCCCAACAGCAGGACCAUCCCCCCCCGCCUUCCUACAACCACCAGAACCAAGACCCCACUACCAUCAGCCUGUUGAGAGACAGGCUGGCAGUGAUAGAGGAUGGGUUAUGA